UGGAUCUCACCUCUCGGCUGGAAGCACUACCCAUAUCCUCCUGAUAUUAAAAUCCCCUUCUGCACAGGCACUGGGCAACACUUCGCAGCGCUGCAGCAGCGCUUCUUCUCCAGGUAAUAAAUCACAGUUUCUCUUGUUCCGUGAAAAAUAUCUUUUCGGUAUAGUGAAAGUAGCAUGCUCCUCUAGCAUCUGCUUGGUUGCUAGCUUCUUGAUGCUGUUUUAGAUGCUUUUGACCAGUCAUCCGUACCGUUCCAAGACCUGCUCCUCAUGUAUAAUGAUGCCUUCACAGUCGAAACAAGAAACCUUAAUGACAAAGGCAUUUCUGUUGAUUUGGGUGUAGGAUCUAGAUCUGACUUCUAGGCUGGAAGUACCCAUGAUGAAGACUCCCCUUUCCCACAGCAAAAUCUAGAUCUCACUUAUUCCUAUGCUGGAAGUACCCAUGUCCUGAGAUAAAAAUCCCCUUCUCCGCACAGCACUCUGUUCAGUGUCACUUCACAGUGCCACGCCUCGGCUUUUCCAUCUUUUGUUCCAGGGAAAUAUCUUCUCCUACCGCAUGAUUGCUAUCUUUAGUUACAGGACCUGCUGCUUCUUGACCCUUUUUUUAGUAUGGUUUCGAGUUUCGACCAGUCAUUCACACAGUGGCAUCUUUGAUUCAAAUAAAUUCCACUGGAAUUCUGAUAAGAACCUUUUUGAUUUAAAGGAAUUACAUGUAAUUUUGUAGGAUUCUGCUCUCUACGAUUUCCCCCCAUAAAGCUCGUGUGAUUAUUUGUAGGAUUGACAAGCAUACGAAUUUCACUAUGGGCCACUUUUCAUGUAGAAUUCAAAGCAGAGUUUUAAUUGAGUCUAAGCUCAUUGAUUUGUUCUGCUAUUUAUAUGACAACUAUGGCCAGCAGAUUCAAGAAAGUUUCAUCCUUAUCCUAUGGUGCAACCAAAUAAUUUCAGUUAUCAUAUUUUUUUUUCCUUUUCUGCGGAGGAUAAAUAAACUCACUCUGAUUUAGUGAUUGCAAAUCCAAGAACCGAUAGAGUGCCGAUGGCAUACACAAUAUUUUCUUAAUGCUAACUUAAUGCUGGGUUUAGGGAAGACACACACUUGCCUAUUCAUGGUAUUUGUUCAGUUAAUUGAGAAUAAUGGUUUUACAGUUCUGCCCGUCAACGGAAUGGGAGGAUAGUUAUCCAACCUUUUCUAUUUGCAAAACAGUAGAGUGGUCAUCUUUGUGUAAUUCCUCUCCGAAUGAAUGCAAGUUUUUUUUACUAGGCUACAAUUACUUGGGCAAAACUGUCGCAUGCUUAUGCUUUUAAGUGACUGUAUUCAGAAACUUACACGUUUGACUUGUCUUAGUGCAGUUUCUUGAUAGGUCUAAGUGUAGUAUUGAAAACUAUAACAUCUUACAGAGUGCUAUUUUCUGAAAUGUGACAUGUUAAAGAGUGGUUUUGUGAAAUGUCUAAUGCUAAAGUGUAGCGCUGUCUAAUAUUUUCUCAAAGGUGUAGCAUAGCAAUAGUGUUAAUUAUCGAAAAGGUAUGUGUGUCGUGAUAUUUACUCUGUCUCUCAUGAUCGUUGAGAAUCUAGUAGCCGAGUCUGAUAGACUCAUGAAGUCAUGAAUAAUGCACUUUGUCUUGUUUCAAGGGUAUUUUGUUUGUAACUCCAAAUGGACCGCCAAGCUAUUGCCUCAAAAAGUGAACUGGAGCAUAUUCUACUUGAUGAAGGCGCGGAACCAAAGGCCCUGCCAUUAUCACUUCUGGAGCACAUCACAAGCAGUUUCUCUGCUGACAAAGAAAUUGGAGAUGGUGGCUUUGCAAGGGUUUAUAAGGGAGUGCUAGACAAUGGCACGGUUGCUGUGAAGAAGCUUUUUGGAACGGUUGAUCUUGAUGAGAAGAAAUUCAGUGAAGAGGUUCGUUGUCUAAUGAAGGCAAAGCACAAAAAUAUAGUGCGGUUCCUAGGAUAUUGCUCUGAUACACAAGGGGAAAUGGUAGACUGUGAGGGAAAGCUUGUCUUAGCAGAUGUGCGAAAAAGGUUACUCUGCUUUGAAUAUCUACCUAAAGGGAGUCUGGAUAAGCAAAUCACUGAUGCAUCAUGUGGACUUGAGUGGAGUAAACGCUAUCAAAUUAUCAGUGGAAUUUGCGACGGUUUAUAUUAUCUUCACCAAAAUCACAUCGUUCACUUGGAUCUUAAACCUGCAAAUAUACUGCUACAUGAUAAUAUGAUGCCGAAAAUAGCUGAUUUCGGCCUCUCGAGGUGCUUCGAUGAGAAGCAAAGCCAAACUAUUACUUCUAAUAUGCUUGGAACUAUAGGAUAUUUGGCGCCAGAAUUCUAUGCACGCAGACAGAUCACGUUCAAGCUAGACAUAUAUAGUCUUGGUAUGGUAAUCAUAGAGAUACUAACAGGAGAGAAGGGAUAUGCUAAUAUUGAUAAUGUACUUGAGAGGUGGAGAAGUAGGUUGGAUAAAUCUCAGGAAGACAAACAACUGGUACAAGUACGAGUAUGCACAGAGAUAGCUAUUGAGUGCACUGACUUUAACCCGGCGAAAAGACCUGAUGCUCAUCAUAUAAUUGAUAGGCUUGGUGCAACAAGAAAUGCAGAUGAGUUUGCUACUGAAACAGAGGCAAAUAGUAGUUCAUCAGUACCAAAGUUGGCAGCUGUCUCCCCUGGUCCCACAAUUUGUCCUGAGAAUGCAAUGGAUAAUGAGUUGAAGAAGUCAACAGAAGAAUUGUUUAGUAUGACAGAUCAAAUCCAGUGUUUCAGUUCGAUGCCAGAUGACAGUUCUAAUGUGCAGCUAGAUACGGGCAUACGGGAAACAACAUCGGAUGUGGAAGAAGCACUGAUCAUCGGGAGGACUGAAGAGAAGCAGAAAAUAGUGGCUACUUUAUCUGAGAGCAUCACACCAGAGGUCACCAUUCUUCCAAUAUAUGGCUUUGGAGGUAUUGGCAAGACAACCUUGGCUCAACUAGUUUUUAAUGAUUCUCAGUUUGCUGGCUACUCCAGGGUGUGGGUCUAUGUGUCCCAAAAUUUUGACUUGAAUAAAAUUGGCAACUCUAUAAUAUCACAGUUAUCAGAGGAGAGUCAUGUAACUGAAAAACAGAUGAUACAUAAUCACCUCAGAAAGCUACUUGCUGGUAAGAAGAUUCUUAUUGUCUUAGAUGACGUGUGGGAGAAGAAUCCAGAUACACUAAAAUCUUUGAAGGCUAUGUUAAGGCUUGGUGCAGAUAGCAUGGUGAAAAUUAUCGUAACCACAAGAGAUGAAGCCAUUGCAAGGGAAAUUUGUCAUACAGUUGAGCCAUACAAGCUAGAGACUUUGACAGAUAAAUUUUGUUGGAAAAUAUUAAAACAGAAAACUGCCUUCAAAAAUCGAGUCGACAAGAAACAGUUGAAGCAUAUAGGAAGGGAGAUUGCCACCAAAUGUGGAGGUGUCGCCUUAGCGGCUCAAUCACUUGGAUACACGUUGAACGGCAAGACGUCUGACGAAUGGGAGUCAGUGAGGGACAACUAUAUCUGGACUGUACCUACUCCGGAGGAUCCAUCAUCAAAAAAUCAUGAAGUGCAAGCGUCCUUGUUAUUAAGCUAUCACCACAUGCCUGAAUGCUUGAAGAUGUGCUUUUCCUAUUGUGCAAUCUUUCCAAAAGGUCACAAUAUAGUGAAGUGUGAUCUAAUUCACCAAUGGAUAGCUCUUGGAUUCAUUGAGCCAUCUACGAUAUUUGAUACUAUGCAGCUUGGCGAAAAAUAUGUUACACAGCUUUUGGGGAUGUCGUUCCUUCAAUAUUCAAAGACACCUUCGAGUGAUGGACGGCGGGACAAAGGUGUUACCUUGUUCACGUUGCAUGACCUAGUGCAUGAUCUUGCAGCAGCGAUGUUGGCCGACAAAGUUAAUAAAAAGGGCAAUGCUGUAGAAAGCAGUUGCCACUAUGCAUUGGUCACAGAUUGUAGCAAGCCAUUGCAGUUGUCAACAAGUUCUCCUGAAAAUACCUAUUUCAAAAAAACCUUUUACCCGUUUCAAAAAAGGAGUUCUACUGAAAAAAUAAAGGCAUUGUUUUUUCUGAACUGUGGCAAAAUAGAGCUCCGUGGUGGUGCAUUUUCACCUGCUAAGUGUCUCCUUGUCUUAGAUUUAAGUGAAUGCUUUAUUCGGAAGUUACCUAGUUCUAUUGGACAAUUGAAGCAGUUAAGAUAUCUUCAUGCUCCACGGAUCCAAGAUCAGGAGAAUCCCAAUUGUAUCUCCGAGCUCUCACAAUUAAGUUACCUCAACCUUGGAGACUCUCAUUGUAUCUCAGCAUUGCCGGAGUCAAUUGGAGAUAUGAAAGGUCUGAUGCAUCUUGAUUUAUCAGGUUGUGUUGGAAUAAGUGACCUCCCAAAAUCAUUUGCGAAGCUGAAGCAGUUGGUGUAUCUUGAUUUAUCAUAUUGCAAAAUGUCUAUAUCAGAAGCUUUGGGUGGUUUUACCAAACUUCAGCAUCUGAAUUUAUCAGAUAAAUUUACUAUGCACACAAAGCACAUCAUAGGGCAUCCAGAGGUCAUCGGCAACCUAAUCAAACUCAGGUACUUGAAUCUAUCGUGGUGCAUGGACGUCGUGGCCCCGGACCAAAUUAACAGUUUGGUUUGCUGUAUCAGUACCCUUUCUAAUCUAGAGCAUCUGGACUUGUCAUGUAAUACCGGGAUUUGUAGUAUACCAGAAAGUAUUGGCAACCUCAGGAAGCUUCAUACAUUGGACCUCUCAGGCUGCUACAACCUAAAGAAGCUUCCCGAUAGUAUGGUUAAUAUGGUUAGUUUGAAGGAUCUAUUUGUGGAAGAAGAACUUACAUUGGAUGAACCAUUGCUCCCUCGGUUAAAUUGUGCCUCAUUGCCACACUUUGUGGUGCAUGCUUCAAGUGACAAAUGUUGUAGCAAUAUCAUUCUGCUUCAGCCUACAAAUCCUGAUAAACUGACGAUAGAUGCACUUGAAAAUGUGAAGUCUGCAGAAGAGGCACACAGUAUAAAACUGAUAGAGAAACAAAAAAUGAAAAGGCUAACAUUUCAAUGGACUGUAGCUGCUGGGAGGUUUGUGGAUGACGAGGAGGUGUUGGAAAAACUAGUGCCACCAAGCAGUGUACAGAAAUUGUCUAUAACUGGUUACAACAGUCUCAGCCUUCCUGAUUGGUUCGUGGGUAUUAGGCAAUAUCUCCCUAAUCUUUGUGUGAUAAAGUUGAGGAAUUUUCCGAAGUGCAAGAACCUACCACCACUUGGUCAACUACCAAACCUACAAGAGCUGUGUCUCCGCGGUAUGCCUUGCUUGGAAGAGUGGAACAUGGCAUAUACCAGUGGCGAGAAAUUUGCAAAUGAGCUCAUGUUCCCUAAGCUUCAGAGGUUGGACAUAAGGAAAUGUGCCAAGUUGAGGAUAAAACUAUGUCUUUGUAGAGCUAUGAUUUUGUUCAUAGUAGAUUGCGAUAAUGUGCUAUCAUCAUGGGGAGAGAUCUUGUCACACAACAGUGCUUCCUCCUCUUCCCCAAUUACAAAUCUUAAUGUUUCUGACAGCAAGUUGUUUCACCACCUCCCCGCCCCGCAUAGUUUAGCUAUCAGGUUUCGCAAUGAUCUAACCACCUUACCUGAGAAUCGCCAACAGUUCUCCUCCCUCCAAUCAUUGUCCCUGCGGCUAGGACGCAGCAACGAAGCAGAACUGCCAAGAUGGCUGUUUGAGCUUACAUCUCUUCAGGAGCUGGAGAUAAGCCACCCAAAGCUAGAGAAACUGAAUGAAGACACUAGGCAACUCACAGGACUACAGUCACUAAGUCUGUCUCAUUGUGAAAGCAUGGCAUCACUACCGGAAUGGUUAGGAGAACUUACCUCUCUCAAGAGAUUUCAGAUCAAGUACUGCAAAGGGAUCAGAUCAUUGCCAGAUAGCAUACGAAAACUGACCAACCUUGAAUAUCUGGCCAUUGAUGGCUGCUCUACAUUAAGGAAGUGGUGUGAAUCACAGGAGAACAAGAUGAAGCUUGCUCACAUUAGAUGGAAGCACUUGGUAUUAGACAAUGCACAUGAAGAACACAUACCAGAGUAUGGGACAGCAGGCUUGUGAUUUGGCGUUUCUACCUCCACAACAGGCAGCGUUGUUUGCUCCAAAUCCAAGCGCAAGGGUUUAUAAUGGUGGCAUGUUCUCCUUCUUCAGUUGAUAAACCAAUGUAUCAAUCCCUAGAGAUAACACCCUUAGCCUUAGUCCAGCAGCAUUGCAAUACAAUUAAAUGCCUAUUUUGUGCCUCAACAAGUAAUUAGGAGAUAAUGUGGCAUGCAAGUGUUUUUCUAUUUUCAGUAUAAAUAGCAACUGAAAAUGAAAGUGCAUGCAAGUGUUUUGGAGAUUUUCUUAUGAUGGAAAUUAGAUCAGGGUUUAUAGGUUCA